GCUGCGAGAGGUUACCGUGUUUCGGGAUCACCUGCCAUUGCCUACGGUCUCGACAAGAAGACCUCCGGCGAGCGUAUGGUCUUGAUCUUCGGCUUGGGCGAUGGUACCUUUAAUGCCUCUCUCCUUACCAUUGAGAAGGAUAUCUUCGAGGUCAAGUAGUGAGUUGAGCGAGAUAGUCGGCGGCCGCCGACUAUCUCGCUUGGCCGACUGGCCCGUGCGCUGACCAGGGUCGUUGCUUCCCUGACACGCGUACCUGAUCGUCUGCUGUCAGGCUUCAUCAAUGUCUACCCAUCUGUUGCAUCGUAGCACCACAACCGAAUAGAAAUCCGCUCCAUCAGCAAGGAUGGCGGACGCUAUAGCGCGUGGAGGUCACACAACUGCUCCGGCAGGUGACGAAACUUGCCCGCAGGCAGUGUCCAUAUCCACGAUGUUAGCUAUGAUCAAGAAAAUACGAGAAGUCGAAGCGUUCAUUUCCACCCUGGACGGCCAACCCUCCCAUCGCGCAGCUGUAAACGUAUACUACAAGUCCGCCCUCCACCUGACGGGCAAACGAAAAGCUGCACUCUCUCCCGACGAUCGGAACUACAUGGCAGCGUUACUACAUCAGUCAGCAUCAAGGGUGCCUGCGGAAAGCACCAUCGUUGCACUCUCUCCAUCCGGCCAGCAUGACCAUGGCAGAGCUUCUGGAGGCGAUGCUCCCUUAGGGCAUUCAGAUACUACUUCGUUUGCACCUACAUGUAGUGCAGGAACGAGUACCGUCGAGACACAUGCCAGUGCAUCCGUAGCGAUGGCAUCUUCGUCACGCGUUCACACAAAGUCGAAUCGAGGACCCCGCGAAAACGUUGGGCUGGGCCAAAGUCGUAGCACAUCCCAAUCGAACGGGCAAGAACCGGUCGUUCCCAAGAAAAGAAAGCAGUCGCGGGGGCAUGAAACCGUUGACGAGGAAGGCAGGGAGCGGACUCGAUCCAGAUUAUCCCCUAAAGCCGAGUCGGUGCACGUCCCGAAUG